AUGGAGUCUCUGCUCGCAUACCUCCCUCCUCACGCUGGGUUUCUGCCCAAAUGGCUUUUCCUGGUCUCUAUCAUAUCUACCGCUAACAGCGUCUCCUCCUACGUCGACCCUGACUAUGCGCGUCAACUCUACGCCGGCUCACCCUCUACGGGCAACGUUUCGCCCGUGAAUCCUCUCUCCGGGCGCACGUUUGGCACUUGGACCCUCCUCUCCUCCGUCGUGCGGAUGUAUGCUGCUUACUACGUGAACUCCCCAAUCGCGUAUGACUUGGCGCUAUGGACAUACGGCAUCGCGCUCUUCCACUUCAUCAGUGAAUGGUUGGUCUAUGGGAGUGCGCAGCCCAAGGGACGCUUCGUCGGCCCGUUGAUCGUGGCUUCGUCGACAGUGGCCUGGAUGUUUACGCAGAGGUCGUGGUAUCUGGCUCUGUAA